AGGAUGUUUAUCGACUCUUUAGAGGACCUCACUGCUAGUACUGAUAGAUUUUAUCACCUUCCUGCUCACCUCACCAACACAUCACCUCUCUCACUUUCGCUAUGCGCCUUAGUACCAAAGAUCUUCCCAUACCCUACAGGCCCAAUGUUGCCAACAGACAAGCUCAACAGGCGACUCCCUUCAAAGAGCUCCCGCCCAUUCUUCGUCCUCGAAUGAAUUUUCCUAUCCCUCCAUGCAUGCAUUUCGGUCUUGUUAUACCAUCUGAAGCUCUUCUGGAUGUCGCCAUCAAGGAAAAGGGCUAUGAAGUCCCCGGCAUUCUACAGUCGGAAAUUCUGCCAGAUUCUCCCGACUACGAUGAUUACACCGUCUCCCGUCUCGCGAUGGAAUUCAUAGCUGAACAUUUCGUUCACGACGUGAAGCUCGCUUACGCCUUUGUUUACGAUGACGAAGAACUUGUCCAGAUUGUGUCAAUUUCUAGUAAUUGGAGGCCGAGUGAGAUGGCGGAGGAAACUGCGAAGAAACUGGCCGAAUAUUUUAAGGUCACAGAACCUCCGAUGUGGUAUCUAGAUUCCGACCGUUGGCGUUGGAGGUUCGAUGUCUAAGCUUUCAGACCCAUUUCCCUUCCCAGAGUAGUAGUUGUCGCUAUCAUUCCAUCAUGUUUACAUAUCCGCUUACUACUUAUACCAAUGUGCAGAGAUUUCACCUUGAGCUUUCAUUUUAGAA